AUGCCUUCUUUAGGUACCUUUUCUGAUAUUGCUACUAUCAAACCUUCAUUGCAAGCUCAUCUUGUUCCAUUGGGAGCUCAGAGUAUUAUCAAUGCUAAAACUUUACCUAAUCCAUGGAAACAAUCGAGUUUCUCGAAGAAUUUGAAAUUUUACACGGGUCAUCUUAAUGUACGAAGAGGCAGAGUCCUUAUUACUGCAGUGGCUACUCUUGCAACCAAGUAUCCGGCUCAGAAAGUAAACGAACAAAGCUAUAUCUUGUCUUCAAGAGCCAAUGGUGAUCGAAAUGGCGAAGAGGUGGAACAAGUGGAUGAUAGAGAAAGGUUGAGAAGGAUGAGGAUUUCAAAGGCAAAUAGAGGGAACACUCCUUGGAACAAAGGCAGGAAGCAUAGUCCCGAGACCUUACAGAAGAUUAGAGAAAGGACAAAGAUUGCAAUGCAAGACCCAAAGAUCAAACUGAAAUUAGCAAACCUCGGGCAUGCACAAAAUAAGGAGACACGGUUGAAGAUUGGGGAGGGAGUGCGGAUGCGAUGGGCAAGGCGGAAGGAGACGAGGAAAGUGCAGGAGAGAUGCCAUUACGAGUGGCAAAACUUGUUAGCGGAAGCUGCUAGAGAAGGAUAUACUGACGAGGAAGAGCUUCAGUGGGAUUCUUACAACAUUUUGGAUCGACAGAAUCAACUGGAAUGGCUUGAAAGUGUAGAGCAGAGAAAAGCCGCGAGAGGAGCGAAAAGUAACCGAAGAGCGCCAAAAUCUCCCGAACAAAGAAGGAAAAUCGCUGAAGCAAUAGCUGCUAAAUGGGCUGAUCCGUCUUACCGUGAAAGAGUUUGCACCGGCUUGGCAAAGUAUCACGGUAUACCUGCUGGUGUCGAGAGGCGUCGUAGAAGACCGAGUGGCGAUGCAGAGCCUAGAAAGAAGAACACGGCAAAGAAAAGUGCAAAGGAUUCAGACACUGAAAAGCAAAGCCAAGUUCAAGUAGUGAAAGUACGGAAACGUAAAACGCCUGUGUAUAAAGAUCCUUUGGCAAGUUCCAAACUGGAAAUGAUAAAAAGCAUCAGAGCGAAACGAGUGGCGGAAGAAUCAAUGAAGAUAGACGCUGUGGAACGGGCAAGGCUUUUGAUUUCGGAAGCUGAGAAAGCUGCGAAAGUCCUCGAGGUUGCUGCUUUGAAAAGCCCGGUUGCUCAAGCAUCUUUGUUAGAGAGUAAAAAGCUCAUAGCCGAAGCAACACAACUGAUUGAAUCUAUAGAGAUGAGGCAGGUAACUUCAGAUGAAGAUGGGACAUACCCAUAUCUUCUCUCACACGCGGAGGUAGACGAUAGUGAAUCAGAGACCGAAGAUACAAAUGAUCAAGAACAAGCAGGAGAGAUUAACGGUACACACACAUUCCGGCUUAACCAAGAGAGUCUUCUCUUGAACUUGAGACCUAGCGAUUUGCCGACAUUCAACAUAGAAGAAGGUACCACAAAUCAGUCUGUUUCUGUUAAACAAGCGCAGCCAAACGGGACCAAAGUCCAUCUACCACCAGAGUCUAACGGAGCUAUCAAACUUACUGAGAAGCAUCCUCUUCCGAACGGUUCUGAAGUUCACCACGGAAUUGAAGAAAAGGCUUCGUCUUUGGAAUCAGGAAACGUAACCAAGAAAUGGGUUCGUGGAAGGCUCGUCGAAGUCACAGAAGCAGCCUAA